UACAAAUACACGUGUAAACUUCCGGUUAUCGGCAAAAUUAGGAAUAGACUCUGCAAAAACUUUGUCCAAAUAUAAAGAAAAUGGGUGGAAUUUGGAGCUAUUUUUCUGGCUUAUUUGGUACAAAAGAGAGAAGAAUUUUGAUACUUGGUUUAGAUGGUGCAGGAAAAACCACAAUAUUAUACAGACUACAAGUUGGUGAAGUUGUGACAACUAUUCCAACAAUUGGUUUUAAUGUUGAAACAGUUCAGUUUAAAAAUUUAAAAUUUCAAGUAUGGGAUCUUGGUGGACAAACAAGUAUAAGACCAUAUUGGAGAUGUUACUAUAGUAACACAGAUGCCAUUAUAUAUGUAGUAGAUAGUAUGGAUAGGGAAAGAAUGGGUAUCUCAAAACAGGAAUUAUUCUCUAUGUUAGAGGAAGAUGAAUUAAGGAAAGCUGUCCUUGUAAUAUUUGCUAAUAAACAGGAUAUAGAGGGCGCUAUGACACCAAGUGAAGUAGCUAAUGCAUUAGGACUUACAGCAAUUAAACAUAAAUAUCAGAUAUUUAAAACAUCAGCAAUCAAAGGGGAAGGACUAAAUGAAGCAAUGGAAUGGACUGCAAAUACACUAACACAACAAAAGUGAAGAACAUAAGAACAAAGACUAUAUUUAUUGGAGUAAUAAUGUGACCAACAAGUGUGAUGAGAAAAAAUACUGAUGAUGGUCAAGUAGUAGUGCUAACAGAUAAAAAAAACCAGUACAUUGUAAAAUUGAAAUAUUAUAAAUCGAUAUUGUAUUCGAAAACCAUUAUUUUACUUGAUGGUUCUGAGAUGACAACAUUAAAGAAAUUGUUUUAAAUGUCACAUCCGCUUGAUAUAAAUAUUCAACCAUUGAUAAAUAAGAACUUUAAAUUUCCAUUGCCAUGGUAUUGUCACCUUUAAACCAUGAUGAAAAGGUUGUCUAUAAAUGGUCAUGGUCUCCAGUCAAAUUGAUCUAUGGUAUUGAGUAACUUAUGUUUAUCAGGCUUUUUUCACAAAAAUUCUUACGAUAAAAGUUGAUCGUAACUUCUACUGAAAAGUUCAUGACUUAAGAGUGUUUUUUCUUGUAAGUUUUUUUGUGAAAUUGAUGGCUGCUUUGAACACUAGUAGACUUUGGAUUAAAGUUGUGGGUAUUUUAUAAUUUAGAUUUUGUAGUUGAUUGUCAUGUUUUUUAAAUGAUAUUCCUGAGUACUGAAUACCAGUAAUUGAGAUGUAAAUUUAAUGUUCUAUCAAAUUUCUGAAUAUAUUGGAAAUUAAGAAAUUAUUGCAUGCUCUUAUUAUUGCAAUUGUUGAACAAUGGACUAAAAUGCCAGAUUAAUUUUUGCGAUUUCGGGAAAUGCUGCAUACAAAUAAUACCUGCCAAAUUUUAAAAUAGGAGUUUUUAAUUUUUUUUGUAAAACCAAUCCUGUCGUAGUUUUCGCAAAAAUUUCUGAAUUUACAUUUACAGUAAACUGUUUUCUUUGACCAUGUGACAAAUGCUAAAUCAUUUUUUCUCACAAAUUGUUAUGGUUUUUCUUCAUUUAAAAUAUAUAAAUAUUUCAUUGUAAAUUACAAAAAAUGUAUUCCGCAUUUUUGUGCCUGUCCCAAGUCAGGAGCCUCUGGCCUUUGUUAGUCUUGUAUGUUUUUUUAAUUUUAGUUCAUUUAUAUGUUUGGAGUUAAGUGUGACGUCCAUUUUCACUGAACUCUCCCUCUUCAGUUUAUGGGGAAGGGUUUCCGUCUAAAUUAUUUUUUACAUGUAUAGAUUAAUAAAGUUUUCCAUUAAACGAAUUUUGAUAAAGGGGGAGGGUGAAUGUCUAAAAUUGUUUUUACAUAGAUUAUUGAUGUUGUUCAUAUAAUGAUUUUCAAUCUAUUGUCACGAACACACAAGUGACUAAGUGGAGUGUAUUUGUGUAUGUCUUUUGCUUGUUUUUGUGAGGUUAUUUAUUAUUGUUUAUUGAGAAAAAGUUUUAUUUUAUAAUUAUACAUUACGAAAAGAAAAUAUUAAAAUAUGACAAGUCUAA